AUGCGAACAGGAGAGGACUUCUUAGUGCUGCUUGAAGCUGUCCGAACAAGACUGGAAGCGUCUAUCAAGCAGGCGCUGUCCGAGCUUGAAGAGGAGGAAUCCAUUCCCGAAGAAGCCGCAUCCGCUAUACGGUUAGCUGCUGGAAAAGCACAGUUACUUGUGCGCAAAAAAUUGUCUAAAUUCGAUGAACUGGUGAAGAAGAACAUGAAUCCAGUCGAAGGUGAUCAUCAGCCGGCUACUGUAGAUGAUUUAGAAGGGUACUGGGCCUUGGUCGAAAUUGAGCUCAAUGAUAUUGACGAGUGCUUUCAAAAGGUGGAAGAAUGGCGAGCGAAUGGUUGGCAGGUAAAAGAGUGCGCAGAAUCUCAAAAUUCACUUCUCGUUAAUAGUAAUAAUAACAACAACACGACGAAAAAGAAGGUUGUCCCAUCACGACCAACUACGGCACCAAUCGAUCCGGAACUUCGUGCGAAACAGAUCGAAAAACAGAAGGCGACUGCUGAGAUGCGACGCAAAGCGUUGGCAGAAGCGAAACAGAAGGCGCGAGCUGCCCAACAGGCACAGAUCGCGACAACGCCCACAGAAAAUGACGUCAAUACUCCACCACGUUCAGAUGUGCUGAUGGUCCUGUAA